AUUUCGGGGAUAUUCCUCUGAUACGGGGUUUUCGGGCAGCACACUGCCAAACUACAACGACAAGGCUGUUCGAUAGUGAACUCCAUUAGAAAAGUCAGGUGGCAGCCUCUUUGGCAGUCCCAGCAGUUCCGUCAAAGUGAUGUGGGUUCGGCACAUGGUAUUCGACACCACUUGCCCAGUGCCCUGCUCCAGUCAUUCGAUGCGUGUCGCAUCACAAGCACUGCUCAUUUGCACAUGUGAACAGCAGUUGGCCCUUUUCGGGCACGGCAGUUGAGCUGUUUCAAUAUGGCCAUGCGCCAAAAGCGGCUUCUUCCACAAGCAUGCAUCCUGCUUGCUUUGGCCGCGUCAGGCCGGGCCUUCCUGAGCUGCGCAUGGGAGGCUUCGCCGAGAUCGGCAUUCUGCGGCUUCAGAGGUGGCAAUGACCGCGGCGGACUGAUCGGAGGAGGCACGAAUGUGCCGCGCAUGGCCGACUACAGCAUGCAAGCGGCACGAAUGUUCGACAACAUGCGGGGCCCCGCGGUGCUUCUGGCGGGGGCCAUCGUGCCCCUGGGCUUCUUCGCCGCGCCCAGGAUCGAGAAGGACGACCCGGCCUGGCUGAAGCGCGGCAAGCGGCUGCACUACCUCCUGGCAAGCAUUGCCAUUUGCUGCGAGCUCGUGGCAGUGGUGUGGUCCACCAUCGCGGUGAACAAGCUCAACGAGACCAACACGGCGCCCGCUCGCAGCCUCAUGGAGCUCCUGCAGCGGGACUAUGAGCUGCCGUGGAUAGGCUGCAAUGUGAAUUUCAUCUUCGGCCUUAUGGGGUUCGCCUCCCUUCUGGUCUCCUUCUCUUACGUGUCCUUCGGCCCGGUGAGCCGGCCCAUCGCCUGCACCGUGCUGGCGGCCGAGUGCUUCAUCAUCUCCAUCGUCAACGACGGGGUGGUGCAAGGAGAUGGCCAGGAAGGCGGCCUGCGCUUCGGCUGCAAUCUCUUCUCCCUGGUGAGGCGCUACUUGCGUUUGCUGCUGGUGCAUGCGGUGAAGGGCCAGCGGAUAAUGGUGGUGGCAUCCUUCCUCAUGCUCUUUCUGGCCGCCUACUACCUGGCGAAGCUGCAGCUCCAGAAGCAAGAAGACUGAGCGCCGGGAUCUCCAGCGCCCGAAAGAACGGCCCCCAACCUUUGGCUCCCC